AUGUGUGCAGAGAACGACAAAUCCGAACUGCCACCGGAAGGAGGCCUUCAAGGCUGGCUGGUCGUCGGGGGUUCGUUUCUUGCUUUAUUUGGUACAUUUGGCUUCUUGAAUGCGAUUGGUGUCUUCCAAACCUACUAUGAGCAGAAUACACUCUCUAGCUACACGCCAUCUGAUAUAUCAUGGAUCUUCGCGGUACAAAUAGCUUUGAUGUGGAUACCAGGUCCUCUGUUCGGGCGAUUGAUUGACACCUAUGGACCCGCCCCGGUGCUGUACCCAUGCAGCGUGUUAUGCAUCUUCGCACUCUGUAUGACCAGCUUGGCCACUGAAUACUAUCAAAUCUUUUUUGCACAGGGUCUUGCUUACGGGAUUGGGGCUGGCGGAGUGUUCACAGCAGCAUUGCUCUGUGUGGGGCAAUGGUUCAUUCGUCAGCGAGGACUGGCAACUGGAAUCGCUGCUGCUGGAAGUAGUUUGGGCGGUGUCAUCUUUCCGAUCUUCCUCGAUCGAGUCAUGACCCUUGUGGGAUUCUACGGAGCUGUUCGGUAUACGGCUUUAUUUGUUGGAAUUUGUCUAGCCAUCUCAUGUUGCUUGUUGCGGGCGCGUUUACCGCGCAAGGAGUGGAAUAGCAAAGCCAAAUGGUUCGAUAUAACACUGCUCAAGGAGAAGCAAUUUGCGUUCUACACCGUAGGCGCAUUUCUUGCUAUGUGGGGAUUAUGGGCACCAUUUGACUAUAUCUCGGGCAUGGCCAUUAAUGCAGGCCUCUCUCCGUCCCUCGCCUUGUAUUUGAUAUCGCUCAUCAAUGCCACAUCCGUUCCCGGUCGGUUACUUCCCCCUCACCUCGCAGAUCGCAUUGGCCAUUUCAACGUUCUCACUAUGGCCUCCUUUGGCACAGGGGCUUCAAUCCUCGCCCUUUGGCUCCCAUUCAACUACCAUCCCUUGCACGCUGGCAUCAUCGUCUUUGCCCUAGUCUACGGGUUUGUCAGCGGGUCCCUCGUUUCUCUAUUGAUGCCGUGCGUAGCAAAGGUUGGAAGCCUCGAGACAUUAGGCGUGCGCUUCGGUACCUUUCAGAUGGUCAUUGGCGUUAGUUGCCUCACAGGACUGCCUAUUAUGGGCGCCAUUUUGAAUCGUCAAGGGAACACUGACUUCUCUGGUCUGCAGCUCUUUGGCGGAAUUACAUGUCUGCUGGGAUCAUGCGGCAUCGGAAUUGCAACUUACCUGCUAGGAAACCUCCGUCAGACCAGGAAGGUCUGA